AUGAAGUACAUCACCGCCGUGAUUGUGGCCCUUGCCGCAUCUUCUAACGCUGCUGUCUGCAAUUACGGAUGGGGCAUGCCGGCGGGAUCAACGUGCCCUUCAGUCUACCCUAAUACAUACUGCUGCCAAGAGGGCGAGAAUAUCCAGACGUCCAACGAGUUUAAGAUUCGCCGAACUUGUUCGUACCCUGGCAACGGAGGCGCGGUUCUCCAAUCUUGCCUGGGAGGAAGAGGUUAUGUUGAAUGUAAGUAUGAGAAGGAAAAAGGCAGCUACGCAUGGCUUCUCAAUGAGCAGAGAUCCACGCCCACCUGUUGA